AUGGCGUUGUUCUGGGUGUGGAUACCUGUUUUGGGCUCUCUGAUGUUAGCGGAAAUCUUGUGGACUGUACCCAUCGAUCAGGAUCAAUGGCCGAGGCCUGAGGAUGUGGAGCUGGCUGAGGGCUACCUCAGGAGGUUUUACAACCUGAACCCCAGAGGCAGAGUGUCAGGAAGAAGGAUCAGGUCCGCGUCAGCCACAGAGGAGAAGAUCAGAGAAAUGCAAAACUUCUUUGGUCUGAGAGAGACGGGUCGUCUGGACCUUCACACCCUGGAUGUGAUGAGGGAGCCGCGGUGUGGUCUUCCAGAUGUAGAAAACUACAGCUUUUACCCCGAAAAGCCUAAAUGGAAGAACCACACCAUCACAUACAUGAUUGCCAAAUACACUCAGGACAUGAAGAGAGAGGAUGUGGAAAAGUCCUUCCGUUCUGCCCUGAAGAUGUGGAGUGACGCAGCACCACUGAGCUUCAUCAAAGUCAACCAUGGCAAAGCUGAUAUAGUCUUCUCCUUCACCCGCAGAACUCAUGGAGAUUUCUUUCCCUUUGAUGGACCCCAUGGUGUGCUGGCUCAUGCCUUUCAGCCAGGAGGGGGGAUGGGAGGAGACGUGCACUUUGAUGAGGAUGAAACAUGGACGGCGGGGAGGCAAGGUUACAGCCUGUUCGCUGUUGCCGCUCAUGAGCUUGGCCACUCACUGGGUUUGACUCACUCAAAAGACCCCUCUGCUAUCAUGUACCCCAAUUACAGGUAUCACAGCAGUACACAGUACUCUCUAUCCAAAGAUGAUGUGCUUGGGAUCCAAACACUGUACGGAAAACCCACAAGAAAAGUGGAAACACAACCAGUCCCCGAUAAGUGUCACCCCAACUUUUCUUUAGAUGCAGCAGUUAUGAUUGGAAAUGAGAUUGUUUUCUUUAAAAACAGGUACAUGUGGAUGAGAACAACACGGACAACUUAUUGGAAUCACCUGAGAGAGAGCCACAGCAGCACAUAUUUACCGAGCAUCAGCUCUCACGUUGAUGCCGCUUAUGACAUCCCUGUCAAAGGCGUGGCGUACAUAUUCACUGGUCAUAAGUACUGGGUGGUUCAACAACUUAAGAUGAUAAGUCAUGCUGGCUCCAUCUAUGAGUACGGCUUCCCCUCCAGAGUCAGGCAGGUUGACGCUGCUGUGCAUGUCAGCGAAUAUGGGAAAACAGUCUUCUUCAUAGGAGAGGUUUAUUACAGGUUUGAUGAGCGCAGCAGAAGGAUGGACCCCGGCUUCCCCAGACUCAUCCUAACAGACUGGCCUGGAAUCCCGAGAAGGGUCGACGCUGCCUUCAAGUCACGUGGCAGCAUCUUCCUCUUCAGUGGGACAAAAUCCUACCAGUAUGACUUCAAACGAAAGCGGGUGGGGCCACUCUUUACUCUCUCCCCCUCUGGGGGAAGGGGAGCCCCACAGGGGCUUGGCUUAACAUUUACUAGAAUGUGCAAGAGGACUCUGCAUACUCUUAUUCAGCUUUUAUCAGAACAAUACACACCUCAGGCUGUCAAGGUUGCCUUUAUAAGAGGAGAGUGGAUAGAGAAAAGAAAACACUUUAACAAGAUGUCUCUUGCUGAUUUUUGGAUUGUGCUGCUGGGUUGUUUAACCCUGUGUCACGCAGCACCUACCACUGCACCAUCUGUUUCACCAGAGGACGAAGACCUGGCUGAGGGAUACCUUUCUCAGUUCUACGCUGAUGCUGGGAUGAAAAACUCCUCAUUGCGAAGCAUCACUGAGAACUCCUUCAGCCAGGAUCUACAGGCCAUGCAGGCUUUCUUUGGCCUCGAGGUGACUGGUGUCUUGAAUAAUGAGACUAUUGAGGUGAUGAAGGCACCUAGGUGUGGUGUGUCAGACAUCAGCCGAUAUGGACACUUCGCUGGGAGACCCAAAUGGGAGAAAAGACUGAUUACAUACAGGAUCACUCAGUACACUCCAGAUCUGACCCAGAGACAGGUGGAUGCAACCAUUGCUCAGGCCUUCCAGCUCUACAGAGAUGUCAUCCCGCUGGACUUUAAACAGGUGUACAGCGGUACUGCGGACAUCAUGAUCCUUUUCAAGGGCGGAUAUCACGGGGACUUUUACCCUUUUGACGGGGCGGGUGGAGUCUUGGCUCAUGCUAACUCUCCUGGACAGGGUCAGGGAGGGGACACACACUUUGAUGAUGAUGAAACCUGGACUCUCACCCAAAGAGGUGUGAAUCUGCUGCUGGUGGCGGCCCAUGAAUUUGGCCAUGCUCUGGGCCUGGAUCACUCCAGGGACAGACGUGCACUAAUGUACCCCACUUAUAAAUACGUCAGCACAAACGGAUACAGGCUGCCAGAUGAUGACAGGCGUGGGGUUCAAGAACUUUAUGGCAGCCGUACACCAGUGCCCACAACAGAACCAAAACCUAAACCACCUCGUGGCCCAGACCCUGGACCAGAGCCAGAGGAACCAACAGAGGAUCCAAAUCCAGAUCCUCUGCCCAACCCCCGAGACGAGCAGUGCAGCCGCGAGCUGGUGUUUGACGCAGCUACCUCCAUCAGGGGGGACCUGUACUUCUUCAAAAAUGGAUACUAUUGGAGGAAGAGUUCAACUUUCCAAGGAAUCCGUUUAACUAAAUUGAACACAAAAUGGCCACGAAUCAACUACGUCGAUGCUGCCUUUGAAGUCCCAUCCAAGGAUGUGGUGUAUCUUUUUGAAGGUCGUCAAUACUGGGGCAUAAGGGCUUAUGCAAAGACAAUAAUUUCAGGCUAUCCAAAGUUUAUCACCAACCUCGGCCUCCCCUCUUCAGUCAGUAAGGUGGAUGCAGCCGUUUAUGUGCCAACUACUAGAAAAACACUAAUGUUUGUGAAUAACCAGUAUUGGAGCUAUGAUGAGGAUAGAAACCAAAUGGACUUCGGCUACCCACGAUUCAUCACUCAGGAUUUCCCUGGCAUAGGCUCCAAAAUAGAUGCAGCCUUUGAGAAUAUUGGAUAUCUAUAUUUCUCCUCUGGCCCCAGGCAGAGUGAGUACUACCUGCCAUACAAGAGAGUGAUGCGUGUACUGCUCAACUACGGCUGGCUCAACUGUUACUGAGAACUCACAGGCACAAUGACACAACCGUCUAUGUUCCAAGCUGUAACUGCAGUUAGCAAGCAAAUCAUGAAACAGAUCGCGUGAAUAACAGUAUUAUACAUUAUUAUUAUGAUGUGCGGAACAGCUUUCAGAGACAGGAUGUUUGUUUUGUAGUCUAACUACUGCUUGGCUGUUGACUUACAGCAAAUAACAGGGUCAAACUGAGGUAAAGGUCAGUGAGUGAUUAUCAUUCGAUCAAUUCUGUAAAUACUCUUGCUUUAAAAUGUUUCUAUUUCAUAUUUUUUCUUUAUGGAAAUUGCAAAGGAAUGUACUGAUGGUGAAUGUAUUUGCUCAGAGAUGUUUACUCAUUUCAGUGAUGCUAAAUUGCACAAUUUUGGGAGUAAAAUAAGGGAUUAAAGGUUGUCCUCUGAACACAUUCCAGGGUUACAAAUAAAUGUUAAAUAGAGAUAUGCAAGAGCUCCCCUGCAAUUUUUCCGUCACCACUAGCCAUAACAGGGCCCAACUUGCAGAUUAUUCUUAUUUACAAACACCAACUUGGGUUACACAGUAAAAAAUUAGCAAACAUUUUAAGCCAUUAGUUGUUCUCGAUCAUGUCUGAACUGUUACGUUGUGAAAUAGCCUACUCCUGUCUUUUGCCUGGAUGCUGCAAUUUAGAAUUAGGACCACAGGGCUUGUUUAGCUCAACUUUAGCCACAUAAGAGAAGAUCCAAUAAAGAAAGACAGCUGA